AUGGCGAAUCCAAGCGCUACCAUUGAGACCUCGGAAGGGACCAUUGUGGCAGAAAUCUACCUGGACAGGGCGCCGGUAACUGCUUCGAACUUCAUUGAUUUGGCCCGAGCCAAGUUCUUUCAUCAGCUUCAUUUCCACAGAGUGAUCCCCGACUUCAUGAUCCAGUCUGGCUGCCCCUUUUCCAAGGAUCCGCACAACAAGAGUGCCGGAUCUGGUGGGCCUGUUGACGGGAACUUCCAGAACUUGCAGACUGGCGCGACGGAGCGGCGCAGCAAUGGUGGUAACAUCGAAGAUGAGCACUCCUCUCAAGACAGCAAUGCGCCGGGCACCUUGUCCAUGGCAAACAGUGGACAGCCGAACACAGGUGGCUCGCAGUUCUUCAUCAACGUGGCUGACAACAGCUUCUUGGAUUGGUUUUCCCCAGGUGCCUCAAAGCACACCGUCUUUGGGAGGAUCAUCAGUGGUUUCGAUGUCGCGGUGAAGAUCUCGAAGGUCGUCACAAAGGAUGAUCGGCCUACGAAGCCGAAACCCAGAUCACUUGUACCCAGAUCCUUUCAGCUGUAG